GUGGAAGAUGGGACGUAGAGCCCGACGCAUCUGGAGGACCCUGGCUCGGAGACUGCUGGCGCAGCGCCACCCAGCUCAGUGCCGUUGGAGCUGCUCAUGACUCGCUCGGCUCCCCUUGAUGUGAAUGGGUUUGCUCUGAAGUAUGACUAGGCUUGGAUCCGGUCCAGGAUCGUCAACGGCUCCUGAAUGUGGGAAUCGGUGGUGCUUUGGGCCUCUAAGCCGGGCUUGGCAGCCUUCGUCCCCUGCCCUAGUCCAGCGCCAGCCCUCCGGGUUGCUUUUUUUCGGUGGCGAGUGGCUUUGGAGAGGCUCUGAAAAUAAACUAUUUACCCAAUCUUCGGCUUGUCAGCAGCCCCUCGCUCGAGAGGCGCGAUGUGAGAUGGAGAAGUACCUAACCCCACAGCUCCCUCCCGUCUCCAGUGUCCCAGAGCAGAAGAAGUACCGCCGGGACAGUGCCUCGGGCAUCGACCAGUUCUUCACCAACAGCGAUGGGUUGCCUUACAGCGUCAACAUGAAUCUUUACCUCCCUGACAUUUCGCAGCUGAGGACAGGCCUGUACAAAUCGCAGAGGCCGCCCGUGACCCACAUCAAGACGGAGCCCGUGACCGUCUUCAGCCACCAGAGCGAGACGGCUCCUCCGGCCCCCAACCCCACCCAGUCCCUUCCCGAGUUCACGAGCAUCUUCAGCUCCCACCAGACACCGGACGUCAGCAACCUCUUCAUCAAACAGGAGCUGCCCACCCCGGAUCUUCACCUCUCCAUCUCCACGCCUCAGCAAGGCCAGCUGUAUCAGCUCCUGAGCUCUCCAGACCUUGACCUGCCCAACCCCACAACGCAGCCUCCGGGGAUGGAUUCCCUGAGCAACGUGCCCAUGUCUUCUGCCAUGGCAGGCCUCAACACCCUCUCCUCUGCCAUGCCGCAAACUACCAUGAAACAGUUCCCUGGGCUCCCCCAGUGUACGUACAGUAUGCCUAAUCAAUUUCUUCACCAUCAACAAGCCACUUAUUUUCCUCCUUCUCCGCCAAGCUCAGAGCCUGGCAGUCCGGACAGACAAGCCGAAAUGAUGCAGAAUUUAACCCCUCCGCCAUCUUACGCUGCUACAAUUGCUUCCAAGCUGGCUAUUCACAAUCCCAGUUUGCCUGCAAACAUCCCAAUGAAUUCACCACCUGUCCCACCUGUCAGGUACAACAGGAGAACGAACCCGGAGCUGGAGAAAAGACGUAUUCAUUACUGUGAUUAUCCAGGUUGCACUAAAGUGUAUACGAAGUCUUCCCACUUAAAAGCGCACCUGCGAACUCACACCGGAGAGAAGCCGUACAAGUGCACCUGGGAAGCGUGUGACUGGAGAUUUGCCCGCUCCGAUGAGCUGACCCGCCACUUCCGGAAGCACACCGGCUCCAAGCCCUUCCAGUGCGUCGUGUGCAGCCGCAGCUUCUCCCGCUCCGACCACUUGGCUCUGCACAUGAAGCGGCACCAGAACUAGACGGACCCGGUCCAGCAGGCUGUUGGUAUCUAUGCAACGUCCUAGUGACUCGAGUAGAUAAAUUCGGUUAGAAUUAGCCAAGCGUUUGACUCUGUACAAACUCUUUCUCCUUUUGAAAACAGGAAUAAAAUAGUAAAAGAAACUGGAAAUGUAUAUUUUGUAUAUUUAUAAGGAAACAGGGAAGACACUGUGUUGCAAUACUUGGAUCAGUCCACCAUUUUAAGGCCACAUGACUUAAUGUCUUUGUGUACCUGAUCUUUAAUCGCCCACAGGUUUCAUCUCGGGGCUGCCUGCCAUGAUGAAUAUUUUGCAGAGCUGGGUCAAUAGGUUCCAUAUAUGCACAUGCAGAAAUACCUUGUACACGUUGCUCGUGUUUCUGGCUUCCGUGCAUACCUGUGAUGCCAUUUUCUGGAUCCAAGAGCCAUUUAUAUGUGUUUGGAAACCAGGCUAAAUGAAUGGCCACAUUUGCAUGUCAGUUUAAGGUUUAAACCGUGGAUUGUGAUUUAAUAAACCAACAUGUGAACAAGCAGCAUGCUAAUAAAGAUAAUCAGUAAGGAAAACUCGGCAAGUAUCAAACCAGGAAUUACUGGUUUGUGGUACCCAAACCUGGUUUAAACUAGGCUGCCCUGUUGGCUUACAAAUCUUAAUGAGUUUGAGGCCAAUAAAUUAUAGAUGCUGGUUUCAGCAUCUCACAAAGCUCUUGCUUUCUUGUUUUGUGGACCUGCGCAUGCAAAGAAAGUGUAAAACAGAAGCAAAUGGAUUCUGUUUCCUAGUGCACUAUUUAUUUGUAACCUUGGUUUGUUAAGCCAUGAUUUGUGGCUUUGAGUGACAUGCAAACGUGGCCAGUGUGUUUCUGCAUUCCGACAGAAAGACACACACAUUGUGUGCAAACUGUUAAGUCACUCCUUCCUGUCUUUGGGCGACUGACACAGUUACACCACGGUUGUAGAGCAUUCCCUUUCCCCCGAGAACUCUGAGCACUGUUCUUUUGUGAUGAGGAUUUCUGACAGACCAAACCACAAUCCCCAGGAUUAUUUGAGGGGACCAGUGGCAGUUAAUUGGUAUAAAGCUGAUGCAGAUUUGUUGUAUAUUAUGUAAGCUGUCUUGAGUUCUUGGAAGGAAAAAAGGUGGGAUAUAAAUAUAAUAAUAAUGAUGAUGAGGAUGAUGAUGAUGUUCCCUAGCUCACGCCUGCAAAAUACAACAUGGAAAGUAUGUCCCUACAUUUAAGUUCUGUUUUCAAAACCUCUGGUAUCUAUAUUUUUAGGGUCCUGACCAAAGCACGCUUGCUCUGGUAAGCAGUGUUUAGGAAAUCUAGCCCAAAUUGAAUUUACAGUGAAAUGAAUUUAGAGGACAAGCCACAAUCUAUUCUCUGUCAGAAUUUUACUGGAUGUUUUAAUACAUGUGUUAUAUUUUUUAUAUUUUUUUCUGUGGAGAUGAAAAAUAUAUAUAGGCAAAUUAAUAAACAGCCAUAGAACAAAAUGUUCUGUAUGUUGCAUGUUUGCUAUGACAAAGAUUUUGUAAAUAAGCAAAUCAGCUUUUAAUGUUUUAUUACAAAAGAAUUUUCUAGAAAUCAGCUGGGAAAAGAAGUGGACAUCUUUUGGCAGUUUAAUAUGGCACAUCUGAUAUUCGUUCGUUCUUAAAUACCUCUCAAAAUGGUACCACCUUAGUUGUUUUUAAUGAGCUAGCCAUUCAGACGCUUCUUGUUCACACAGAGAAAUGAUGCACUGAGUUUUCAAAACAAGAUUGAGGUUCCCCCCCCCAUCUCUGAGAACAAAAUCUUUGCAAAAUAUGAACUGUUAAGCAACUGUCAGAAGCUUAAAUAGCAAGGGUGGCUAUAAUACAUAAUGUUAAACCUCUUACUAUAAGCUAAACUUAAUAUUGCUUUAAAGAGAAGGAUUUGGAAUGUGAUUUUUAGAAUAUGAAAACACUAAGCUGGUUCAGUACCAGCCGAAUCUUAAUUCUGUGCGGGGUUUUGCCCCUAAUUCAACUGUUUAGCUGCCUGGUUGCCUGCCUCCUCCUUUUAAAUAAGCUCCACUUGCACUGACCAGCUGUUGGGGACGUAGAAGAGGAAUGACUUUGGUGUGAAUUGUAGCUUUUUCGAUGUACUUGUCCAGCCCUGGCGCCCGAGUCUGUUUAGGGAAUCCGAUGCACGGCAUCGUGUGCUCUGCUUGUGCCGAUUCCCUGUCCGGCUAGCGCUGUGUGUGUCUGUCCGUCCGUCUGUCUGUGUAUCAUGCAUAGUUGGAUUUGGAAUCCGUAGAUUUCCAAAGGGUCAAGGAUCAUGCCAUUAAAAGAGAUCCAAGAAUGCGUUUUUAAAAUUUUCCCGCGCAUUCAAGUUGUAACACCAAGAGGAGAGAGUCUCUGGUGGUAGGAUUCAGACCCCAGCUGCCGAGGGCCAGGAGCUCGGUGGGCAUGUUUCUGCCUAUACUUAGAUUCUUGCCAGCUUCAUCAAACCUGCACAGUUGCAUCUCCAUUUAUUCCUGCUGAAGCUGGUGGGGAAACACUACUGCUGCGAAUGCCGCAGCGUUUAUGUAUCUCAAACCAUCUGAGCACCGAAAAAAGCCCACAGCUGGGGCGCUGCAGAAAGCAGAGGAAAGUGGCCAGGGCAGCGCCAAAACUGGCAAGCAAGGCAGAGGAGGAGUCCCACAAACUUUGUGCCAAAAUGUGAUUGUAUGACUCAAAUAAAAUGACCCGGGGCAUUGCGGUGGCUUGCCUUCACGAGGAAUAGUGACACUCAUUCACCAGAUCUCUCAGCGUUCUGUUUAUUCAUAAUGUAAAUUAAGCAGAACCUUUUCAGACUAAUUUUGAUACAGCACAAGUCUUCAUAGCUUUCCGCCAACUUCAGGGACAGAAAGAGAAAAAGCUGAGGGGAAGCAGGAGAAGGCAGUGGACAUGGUAGUUACUCUCAGUAGCCCUUGCUCUUGGGAGACUCUUGGGAGCAGUACAUCUUAAAUGGUUAACUGUGCUUAACAACAUUGUAUUUACGCAGCUCAGCGGGACUUAAGCCCAGGUCCAUAGAAAACUGCAGCCUACCUUGGAAGAAGCGCACCCCAAAGAACAGAGUGGUGUAUACCUGUGAUCAGUAUUUAGCCAUAUGGCCAGAAGGUUACUGCACCCUCUGCACAACACACAACACUUUUAAGGGCAUUUCCCAAAUCAGGAGAACAUCUUCCAGUAGUUUCCACGCAGGUGCACUCAAAAAGCAUCAGAAUGUCUUUAUUCCAUUUCCCCAUUGGCACCAGCUCGUGGCCCAUCACUUAGAUGUAUACCUGGAUUGCAAGAACUCCUGGCUUGGGCCUUGGAGUUCAUGCAUGGCAGAACGUAAGCAACUGGCAUUUUGGCAAAAGCUUUAAAGACCUUCACUGAGAUGACUGGGCUGAAGAAAGCAUAGUCUUGCAAAGGGUCAAAGCUGCAAGAGCUGGACUGUAGCUUUCAAACUUCCUGCUUCCAGGAGAUCUUUCCCCAUGUGGACUCUUCUGCUUUUCUCCCAUAGAACUCCUCCACAUUGCAAAGGAUGCCAGAGCAUGCUCUAGGGGGGGACACCAAUUUGAAUGGAACAUUUCCUGGGCCUGUUGGAUCGCUUUGUCAUCUAUAAGCUCCAGAGCACAGCAGUCACUCCAGCAGGGAAAGGUGAUGGACAGGUUGCCUGCCAGGAAAGUGGGUGACCAUUACUCAUCGGUGGGUCCCAAAUAGGAUUCCACAGUACACCUUAAAAAACAGAAAAUUGUGAGCUUGGAGUAGCGAUGCACGAAUGCCAAUCUCUUCAUUGCAACUUCAAAUUUGUCCUAUAAUGUUUUACUCCAAGUAACAGGUGAGACGUACCAGCUGCACAGCGUGGUCAUAAGAUGGGCAGCACCGUAAGCAGUUUGUCCACACCAAGUUGUGAACCUAGGAGUUGACUGGCAUAGUGAGAGUCCUUCCCACUUCCUAACGGCUAGCCAACCACCCAUUUAAAAGCUCUGGGUCAAAAGUAAACAUUAGAUGUUUCGUUUUGUUCUUUGCAGUGCAACUUGAUACGCAUAUACUUAGAAACCAGUCCCCUUGAAUUCAGUGGGAUUUAUUCCCAGGUAGAGAGGUGUGUAUGUGUGGGAUUGCAGGUCCUUUACAAUCCCAGGAUUGUACCCUAGUGUAAGAGUGGAAGCAUAUCUUGCAAGCUGAUGUUUCUUAGUUGGAUCAGACCAUCCCAGGGAUGGAGGAAGCAGAUUCCUGGUUUCUGGAGGGGUGGACGGGGGUACAGUGACUGGAUAGGACUGGCAGAAGGCAAGAAGUCCUGGUGGGAGCUCACAGAACUCCGCUCACAGCCACUGAGCUGAAAAAUGCUGUCAACCAAAGGGCAAAAUUAAAGGGUACGAUCCUAUGUAAAAUUAGACAGAAAAAUGGCACACAACUCCCAGCAGCUGCCCAGUGCAUCCUGGGACUUGUAGGCCCUUUUCCUAUCUAGACUUGUAUAGGAUUGCCCUAUAACUGACAUGCCAAAAAAAAAAAAGUCUCAAAGCAAAACUUCGUUCAGACUAUUGUUCAUGUGUUUUAUUUAUUUUUGUGGUAUAUGAUAGAAAUUUUUUAGAAAACACUUUUCCAUAAACUUGAUAAAUUAAAGUUGUUUGUUAUCGCUUUUUUUAAAAGUGUUGCUUUUAAUUGUAAAUAGAUGAUGGAAAAAGAUGUACAUAUUUUGUUUUGUAAGGCUUCAAAUGUUUAAUCAUGGAAAAACUCAAACAUAUAUUGGUUGCUGUUUUGCUGCUUUCCCCAGCCCCCUUCCCCUCCCCCUCCCCCUAUUUUUGUAUGGUGAUAUAUACCCUAUGCAAACGAUUGCGCAAACAGCUGUAACAUUGUGGAAGAAAGAUCAAAAUGGUUUAUAUAUGAAAAGACAAAUUCUUUUUUGGACAAUAAAAAAGUGCCUAAAAGCA